AUGCCUGAAUCAAUUGCCAUCAUUUCCACCGCGUUUCGGUUCCCUGGAGGAUCCAACUCACCGGCAAAGCUUUGGGAACUUUUAAAGGAACCGCGGGACAUUUUGAAGCCGAUUGAUGAGAGCAGGCUGCGCCUCUCCAAAUUCCAUCACAAUAAUGGCGAACACCACGGAAGCACCGAUGUCCAAGGUGCCUCAUACACUCUCGAAGAGGAUUGCCGCCUCUUCGAUGCCUCCUUUUUUGGCAUCAGCCCGCUUGAGGCCGACAUAAUGGAUCCACAGCAGAGGAUAUUGCUGGAAGUCGUCUAUGAAGCCUUUGAAGCAGCAGGCUAUUCAUUAGACCAGAUGCAGGGAUCUCAAACAUCUGUCCACGUCGGCGUUAUGAAUGGAGAUUACUACGAUUUACAGAUGAGAGAUCCCGAGACUCUACCCACACAUACUGCGACUGGCACAGCGCGGAGUAUUCUUUCCAACAGAAUUUCGUAUGCCUUUGAUCUCAGAGGUGCAUCAAUGACGAUAGAUACGGCAUGCUCAAGUUCACUUGUAGCACUACACCAGGCCGUUCAGGGUCUUCGAAACGGCGAAGCCACCAUGGCCGUGGUUGGAGGCGCCAACCUGCUUCUCGACCCCCUAAUGUACAUUGCAGAAUCCAAUCUCCAUAUGCUUUCUCCUGAUUCGCGCUGCAAGAUGUGGGAUAAGUCAGCAAAUGGUUACGCCCGAGGCGAGGGUUUUGCUGCCGUCUUGCUCAAGCCUUUGAAGGACGCUAUCCGCGAUGGAGAUCACAUCGAGGGUGUGAUUCGCGAAACUGCAGUUAACUCUGAUGGACGCACGAAGGGAAUUACAAUGCCCAGUCCAACUGCCCAAGCUGCGAUGAUUAGACAGGCUUAUAAGAAUGCGGGACUGGAUCCUACUGUUGAUCGCUGCCAGUAUUUCGAAUGCCACGGCACAGGAACUCAGGCAGAUGACGCCAAAUUAUAUGUCGGCUCCAUCAAGACCAUCAUUGGGCAUUUGGAAGGAUGUGCUGGAUUGGCGGGCCUCAUUAAAGCGCUACUAGCUAUGAAGCAUCACACGAUCCCACCAAAUCUUCACUUCAAGGAGCUUAGUUCCAAGGUCGAGCCUUUCUAUCACAAUCUGCAAAUCCCAACCAAAGCGAUACCAUGGCCUGAGACAAGCGAUAAAUGCUUGAGAGCCAGUGUCAAUAGCUUUGGCUUUGGUGGAACGAACGCCCACGUCAUCCUGGAAAGCUAUGAGGACGAAAAGCCAGCCGCGAUUGAGAUUCCCGAUGAUAAGUUCAUAGGACCUCUAGUAUUGUCAGCCAGUACGGGUAUAUCGCUGAUAGAGUCCGUCAAGUCUUAUGCGGACCGGAUAAGAUCAGAUCCCUCACUAGAUCUUGAGAAUCUUUCAUGGAUUUUGCAGAAGAAAAGAAGCUCAUUAUCGUCCAAGAUCUUCUUUUCAGGUGCGACACGUCAGCGCUUGAUUGACUUCAUGGACAGAUUUGUGGAGGAUUCAUCUUCUGUGCCGCCGGAGACUGUUGGAAAUCAGUUCCAGCCCAUUGAUCCCAAUGAGACGCCUGGCAUUCUGGGCGUCUUCACUGGUCAAGGAGCUCAGUGGGCCUCCAUGGGUCGGGGGCUCUGGUCACUUACUGAGCAGCUCCUGGCUGACGAAGGCACUUCUCGCAUUUCCGAAGCAGAAAUCUCUCAGCCCAUCUGCACGGCGUUGCAAAUUGCUCUGGUUGAUCUACUAAUAGCUUCUGGGGUCAAGCUUGAUGCCGUGGUUGGUCACAGUUCCGGUGAAAUUGCUGCGACCUAUGCUGCUGGCAUUAUUAACCUUGAGAAUGCGAUGCAGAUUGCAUACUAUCGUGGCUUCCAUUCGCACUUGGCGAAGAAGAGUGUACCAGGCGCCAUGAUGGCCGUUGGUCUCAGUUUUGCGGAUGCUUACAAGUUCUGCCACCAGCCCGAAUACUUUGGACGCCUCAAGGUCGCGGCUAGUAAUUCUCCUCUCAGCGUCACGCUAUCCGGAGAUGCAGAUGCCAUUAUGCAAGCUAAAGCGCACUUUGACGAAAAGGCAUAUCUGAAAUCACUACUAGCCUGCGAUAUCCAAAUCCAGAGCCCUCGAGAGGAUUGCAUCUGGACAAGCAGCGUCCGUGGUGACACUGACCUGCUAGAGGAUGGACUUGAGCCUCUCAAAGGACAAUAUUGGGUGGAUAACCUCCUUGGCAUGGUUCAGUUCUCUCAAGCUGUAGAACAUUCUAUUUGGCAUGGCGGCCCUUUCAACGUUGCCAUCGAAAUUGGUCCCCACCCAGCGCUCAAGGGCCCGGCUGAACAAACUCUCAAGACAUAUUUCGGAACCGUGCCAAAUUAUGCAGGAUUGAUGAGACGUGGUGACGACGAAGUUGAAGCCUUCUCUGGUGCAUUGGGAUAUGUUUGGUCUUAUCUUGGCUCCUCGGCCGUUGACUUUGACGGUUACCGCAAAGCAUUUGAUCGUCAAACAUCCUCACAUCUGUUGAAAGACCUUCCAAGUUACGGUUGGGACCAUCGUAGGGCUUAUUGGAGAGAAUCCCGAGUCUCACGUAACUACCGCUUGCGCAAUGACAAGAGCCAUGAGCUGCUUGGUCGCAGGACGCCCGACGACUCUGACCAAGAGUUACGCUGGAGAAAUAUUGUCCGACUUCACGAGCUGCCAUGGAUUCAAGGCCAUUUGUUCCAAGGCCAGGUGCUGUUUCCUGGAGCAGGAUAUAUCGUCAUGGCUCUACAGGCGGGUGCAGAAAUUGCAGAUCAACGUGCUGUUGAGCUUUACGAAGUCACUGACAUCUCCAUGGAUAGAGCCAUGGUGAUUCCGGAGGGUACGGCUGGCGUUGAAACAUUAUUCACUGCCCGAUUAUUGGAGAAACAGUCAAGUGAGUCUUUGAGCUUCGAAUUCGCUUGCUACUUCUGUAACGAUGAAAACAACGGUCAACCUGUAAAGGCUGCUUAUGGUCGCUUGACAAUUCUCUUUGGCGAGUCCAAUACUCAGCAUCUGCCUCCUCGACUGGUGCCAGCUUCAAACUUGGUCCCCAUUGACAUGGAUCGAUUUUACACGUCUAUGACCGGUGUUGGCCAAGAAUACCUUGGUGUUUUCCGCAGCAUCAAAGAGGGCAGGAGGGCAUUGGGAUUCUCAUCUACAGUUUCGUCGUGGGAGACUGAAAAUCUGAAGGGCAAUAAUUACGUUAUGCAUCCCGGCUUUUUGGACGUUGCACUACAAACCCUUUACGUCUCGUUUGCUUCUCCAGCUAGUGGAGGUUACUGGGCGCCAUAUCUCCCAGUGAAGGUCGGCCGACUUUCAGUAAAUCCUCAUGCCACCUAUUCCAACGGCGUAAUGACUGAGAUGGAGGCUGAUAGCUUUGUUACGACGGGAUCAUCAACACUGCUCAAGGGCGACAUCCACGUUUAUCCAAAGGGUGGUGCACAAACAACAUUGCAAAUCGAAGGCCUCGAGAUGAAAGCCGUCUCUGAGCCACAAGCCUCCAACGAUAAGCACCUGUUUUCUGAAACCGUUUGGCGAGCAGAUUCGUCCUUUACUCUGGUGGAUUUAGACACAGAAAUCGAAAACUUGGACGAUAUACCAUUAAUGGAGGCAUUGGACCGCACAGCUGUAUACUAUUAUCGCAAGUUCCUUGCCGAUAUUGGCUCCACAGAUCGCAAGACGUUUGCAUGUGACCAUCCAGUCAUAAAGCCAGAGUGGCUUGAAGAUUCCGCUGAAGUCAUUGAAGAGCUAAACAAGACACAUGGAGAGAGCGUCCAUCUCAAGCUGAUACGUGCCGUGGGCGACAACCUGCUCAAGCUCGUGGCUGGCAAAGUGCAAAUUCUCGAGGUGAUGAUAGCUGAUGAUAUGCUCAAUCGAUUCUAUGUAGAAGGUUACAAUUUCUCAAUCCUCAACAACAAAAUCGGACAGGCUAUGAAGCAGAUCACGUUCAAGAAUCCCCAGGCGGUUGUCUUGGAGAUUGGUGCCGGCACGGGAGGCACGACAAGAAGUGUUUUCGAUGCCAUUGACAACGCUUACUCUUCAUAUACAUUCACCGAUAUCUCGACCGGAUUCUUUGAGAAUGCUGAAGAGAGAUUCCGUGACCACAGCGGCAAGAUGACGUUCAAGGUCUUGGACAUUGAAAAGGACCCCCAGAGCCAGGGAUUCACGGAGAAUACUUACGAUGUCAUCAUUGCCGCCAAUGUUUUCCACGCGACCCGAACGCUAGGUGAUACGAUGCGCCAUGUCAGGAGUCUCCUGAAACCCGGUGGCUUUCUGCUCAUGCUCGAAGUGACCGGCCCAGAACUUCUGAGAACGCAUUUCAUCAUGGGUGCCUUGUCUGGAUGGUGGCUGGGUGGUGAUGACGGCCGUGUCUUGUCGCCAGCAUUGACAGCCUCCCAGUGGGAUGAGCUGCUUCAAGAGACAGGAUUCUCCGGCGUCGAUACCAUAUUCUAUGACACAGCUGAUGAGGCCCAGCACUCGGUUUCAUUUGUCCUGAGUCGAGCAACGGACUCACAAGUUGAACUGCUGCGUAACCCUCACUCUAGAAUUCACGAUAUCCAAGGCGAGCAGCCCAUCUUGAUCGUUGGUGGCAAGUCAUUGUUCACAACACAAAUUGUCACGGAUGUCCAGAAGUCUUUGUCGCACUGGAAGAAGCGCAUUAUUAAAGCCAAGAGCCUGGACGAUGUACCUGUGUCGACUUUGGUGCCAGGAACAUCUGUUCUCUUCCUCGGAGAUCUUGACAAGCAAGUCUUCUCGGACAUGACACCGGAACGAUUGAUGCGACUGCAGAGUCUCUUCCUCACGUCAAAGAACGUCCUCUGGGUCACUGAAGGCAGAACAGCCAAAAACCCAGAAGCAAAUAUGAUAGUUGGAGUUGGUCGCACUCUGUGGACAGAAAUGGCACAUCUGAAGCUCCAGUUCCUAGACAUCGAUAUUGACGUCAGGUCUCGAGACAUUUCCAAGAUCAUCACUCAGACCUUCUUGAGGCUGGAAGUCUUGUCUCACCCAGAGUACGAUGGCGAGAACAGCCUUUGGCAAAUCGAGCCUGAGCUGAUCUAUGAUGGAGAGAAGAUGCUCAUCUCUCGAAUUUUGCCAAACAAGGCUCUGAAUGAUAGACACAACGCCAGCAGACGACCAAUUAAGCAGACUCUCGAUCUGCAAACCGCAGCCGUCGAUAUUGUCCAAGAAGGAAAGUCAUUUGUGCUUGUUCCAUCCGCUCCAAGUGCAUUCACGGAGGACGACAAGAUUCAAGUCAAGUACUCGCUGUCUCUGUAUAAUGACACUCAAUACCCUGUGCUCCUCAACAUCGGCUCGAACUCGCACACAGGCGAAACAGUUAUUAGCCUCAGCACAUCAUGCUCAUCUACUUUGGACGCGGCUAAUUCCAUCAGCCUUGGUGACGUACCCUGCAACGCCCAGGUGUUGGAAUCGAUCGCCUGCAAUAUUCUCUUGGACCUCACUCGCAGCAAAAUACCAACUAAAGGCACAGUCUUGUUUUACGAGCCUCCAAAGGCCUUAGUUCACCAAUUACAAUCCGAUGCCUAUUUGAAGAACAAGGAAUUCCGCUUUGUGUCCACGGGCCCCAAACAAAGGUCACCCGACUGGAUUCAACUAUUCCCAAGAGCCUCGCAAACUGCCAACAGGCUUUUGCUACCGCUUGACACAUCCUGUGUUAUCAAAUUCCAGAAUGCUUCAAGUUUCAAUCUGGAGAGUGUCUUGCCAUCAAAUACCUCGAUUCUGGGCGUAUCUGAUGUUCUGCACGAAUUUCAGAGUAAAUUGCACAAAAGGCUGCCUACUUUCCUGAGCAAUCUACAUCAGCUCAGCUCUGAUCUCAUCCACACACAAAUGAUGACAGUGUCUAGCCUUCUCGAAUCGUCACCUGAAAGUUUACCAAGUUUCUUUAUCAUUGACUGGAGUGACUCAGGCCUACUCAACGUAGCUCUCAAACCACUGGAUGUGUCCAAGGCAUUCUCCAGCAAUAAGACCUAUCUCCUGGUUGGCAUGACCAAAGAACUUGGCCUUUCUCUAGCCCAGUGGAUGGUCAAGAAUGGCGCGCGUCAUCUUGCGCUCACCAGCCGAACUGGUAGCGUAGAAGACCCCGGAUGGGUUCCGGCAAUGAAGGCACAUGGAGCAAAUGUGCAACUUUUCAGCAUGGACGUCGCGGAUCUGGAGUCAGUUACUGGAGUCGUCGAGACUAUUAAUAAGACCAUGCCGCCUAUCGCAGGAGUGUGCAACGCGGCAAUGGUUCUGUCAGAUGGUUUAUUCGCAGACAUGAGCUUUGAUGUAUUGCAAAACACGCUGAAGCCAAAGGUGGAUGGAAGCCGAAACUUGGACCAAGUAUUCUACGAUACACCUCUCGACUUCUUCGUCUUGUUCUCUUCUAUGGCGAGUAUCAUCGGAAAUCCUGGACAGUCAAACUAUCACGCCGCCAACCUCUACAUGGAAGGACUUUGCGGUCAGCGCCGCAGCCGCGGACUUGCAGCCUCAGCUAUGCAUAUAGGAAUGGUGGCCGAUAUUGGCUAUGUUGCCCGGAGAGGCCAAUCCAUGGAAGACCAUCUGCGCAAGAUGUUCUUCUUGCCUCUUUCGGAAUCCGACGUACAUCAGCUGUUCGCAGAAAGCAUUUUGGCAAGCCAGGACACUGUUUACGGGCUGGAGCCUUUCGUAGACUCGCCUGAAGCACCGAAGCGGCCACCCUGGGAAGGAAACCCUCGCUUUUCUCAUUUCAUGCGCAAGGAAGCAUCUAGCAACGAGGUUUCCAAGGAUCGUGCUCUGGACACUGAUUACAAGCAGCGUCUGCAAAGUGAUGAACCGGAAGAUUCUCUAAUUGACAUGGUUCAGCAGGUAUUCGGACGGAAGCUGGAGGCCAUGAUGCAGCUGUCGGCAAACAGUAUCAAUCUCAAUGUGCCUUUGAUUGACUUGGGUGUUGAUUCCUUGUUGGCCGUCGAGAUCAGAAGCUGGUUCUUGAAGAAGCUUGGCAUGGAUGUCCCAGUCUUGAAGGUGCUUUCAGGUGAUACAACUGCGCAGCUAUGCGAGGAUGCAACUAGAAGAUUCCUGGGCCUCAAGCUGAAACAGAAUUCAGCGUCCAAACCGGAACAGCAUACCGCGUCCAAUUCGAGCGGCCACGAAGAUGAUUCCGCACACUCAUCGGGUGACUCCAUUAGCGUCCCGGACAUUCAUACUCCCAAUGAAGAGUGCUCUCAAAAUUCAUUCAAUUCUGAAGCUGAGAUUAUGUCUCAUGCUCAAUCUCGACUGUACGUCGCGCAGAACUACGUCAAUGACCCAACCACCUACAACGUCACAGUCACCUAUCAAAUCCGAGGAAAUCUCCAAAUCCCAAGAUUCAAGCAGGCACUCAACUCAGUCAUGACUCACCACGAAUCACUGCGAACAUGCUUCUUCAAAGAUGAAAACACUGGUCUUCUCAAACAGGGUGUCUUGCCAUCUCCGUCUUACUACCUCAGAAUCGUGCAGUCUAAACAAGACGAUGCCGUAGACCGAGAGAUUGCCUUGUUCAAAGCAAAGCAUUGGAACCUGGAACAUGGAAGAACGUUUGGAGUUUCUCUGAUCGUUCAAUCACCGGAAGUGAGCACUAUUAUCUUCGGCUAUCACCACUUGGUAAUGGAUGGUGUGAGCUGGCAUCUCUUCCUGCGGGAUCUUAGCACAGCGUACCAGCUUCGUCCAUUGGUGAAGACAUCGAGUAGCUACAUCCAAUUCGCAAAGAAACAGCAAACAGCUAUUGAAAGUGGCGAUUUCGCUGGAGAUUUGCUAUUCUGGAAGCAACUCCAUGACCAACCAGCGGAGCCCCUGCAAUUGCUCCCCAUCACCAGUGUUGUUGCCCGUAAACCGCUCACCCAAUACGCAAGCCACGUUCAAUCCCGAGUCAUCGAUACAGAGCUAGUAUCUCGAAUCAAACAAGCUAGCAAAGCUUUGAGAGUAACUCCAUUUCACUUUCAUCUUAGCAUCGUCCAACUUAUUCUGUCACGAUUCUUGGCUCUAGACGACAUUUGCAUUGGUGUGACUGAUGCCAACCGUUUGGAUGAAGACUUUUCAGAAACUGUUGGCUUCUUUUUGAACCUUCUGCCGUUGCGUUUCCAGGUUGAUCAAAACAACACCUUUGGUCAACUUGCCGCCAACACGUCCCGCAAAGCUCUCGAGGGCCUGGCCCAUUCGGCCGUCCCCUUUGAUGUUAUUCUCGAUCACCUCGACGUUGCCAGAUCACCAGCCUACAGCCCUCUUUUCCAAGUAGCUGUCAACUAUCGAGUUGGAGCUUUGUUGAAGACAUCCAUGGGAGAUUGCGAAAUCGAACUCACCCAAGUCGAGGACGCUAAGAACCCCUAUGAUAUCAGCUUUGGAGUCACGGAGAUAACCUCUGGCACCUGUCUUAUUGAACUCACAUGCCAGAAUGCGCUUUACACUGUGGAGGAUUCUCAGACCUUAAUGGACAUUUACAUCCACUUACUCGAGACACUGUCCUCGAACACAGACCUGAAGGUCAAAGAUUGCCCUUUGUUCGACAGUAAAGCCAUCUCUCAGGCAAUCGAAUUGGGCAAAGGACCAAAUGUCUCUUACAACUGGCCGCCAACACUUUCGGCGAGAUUCAAUGAGGUGCAGAGGGCGUAUCCUGAUGACAUUGCAGUUAAGGAUGGAUUCAGGGAUGCAUCUUACUCUCAGUUAUCGAGCGAAGCGAAUGGCAUUGCACAGCUCAUUCUAGCACAAGGUGGAUCUCCUGGUGCCCAUGUUGCUGUUUUAUGUGAACCAUCUGUAGACUCGGUCGCCUCUAUGCUUGCCAUCCUUCAGGCGGGAUGUGUCUACAUCCCACUAGAUCUGAGCCUUCCAGCCGCCCGCCACAUAUCGAUCCUGAAUGAUUCUGACCCUGCGUUUGUCAUCGUUCAUGAAGCUACCAAGGAAGCCGGUACGCAAUUGAUUGCGGCAUCGCAAACUAAGGCUCAACUGCUCAACGUAUCCGACAUCAAAGCCAAGGAUGAACCGGUUUCAAUUCAAGGACAGGCAGACUCACCUGCAUUUAUCCUGUACACCAGCGGUUCAACGGGCAAACCGAAGGGAGUUGUCCUCUCCCAGGCCAAUUUCGCCAAUCACCUGGCCGUCAAGACUCAAGAGCUUCUCAUUGAGCGCGAAUUAGUCCUUCAGCAGAGCUCUCUAGGCUUCGAUAUGUCCAUCAUCCAAACAUUCGUAGCUCUUGCUAACGGCGGCAAACUGGUCAUCGCGUCACGCGAGAAACGUGGCGAUCCUAUUGCACUUUCUGAGCUGAUGCAAAAGGAGGGCGUCACAUUCACAAUUGCUACACCCACUGAAUAUCUCAUGCUGCUGAGAAAUGGUGAAGAACAUCUCAAAAAGUGCACUUCAUGGCAACAAGCGUGCAUGGGAGGUGAGGUGGUGUCAUCACAGCUACUCCAUCAGUUCAGAUCCUCUCAAGUCUCAGUAAAGCAGCUUACAAACUGCUAUGGACCAACUGAAAUCACUGCUGCGGCAACUUUCCAAGAUUUAUCUCCAGCACUAACAGAUACCUCAUUCCAAGUAAUUGAGGGUUUGAUCGGUAAGGUUUUGCCUAAUUACUCCGUCAAAAUUCUCGAUACCAGCGGCAAUGCGGUACCACUUGGUGUAUGUGGCGAGAUUGCCAUUGGUGGCCAAGGCGUCGCAUCGGGAUAUCUUCAUCUACAUGAAUUAACGGCAGAGAAAUUUGUACUUGACUCACGUAGUACUCAGAAGGAUGCCAGAAUGUACAGGACAGGCGACAAGGGCAGACUACGCCGCGACGGUUCGCUAGAAUUCCUGGGCAGACUCGAUCAAGAUUCGCAAAUCAAGCUUCGCGGUCUUCGAAUCGAACUUGGUGAAAUUGAGCACGUUCUCGUUCAGGCUGGCGAAGGCCUAUUUUCAGAUGUUGUGGUCACAGUUAAAGGUGAUCCUGCCGUUCUGGUCGCCUACGUUGUUCUCAACAAGGACAGGACCGCGGAUCGAGCAACGCUACAAGCCAUCAUUUCGAAAUUGCCUCUUCCGCAAUACAUGAUCCCUGCUGCUAUUCAAGUUCUCGAACGGUUACCAACCAAUGCCAGCGGCAAAACAGACAGGAAAGCAGUAGCGAGCCUCGACUUCGUCCUUGUCGCAGAAGGCAGCCAUUCUAACGAACGUCUAGACUUGUCCGAGGGAGAAUUACUUCUGCUCUGGCAAAAGGUUCUGCCUAAUACAAACGAACCUCAUAUCUUGGACCGUAACUCAGACUUCUUCUUGCACGGUGGAAACUCAUUGCUACUCAUGAAGCUUCAAGGUGCUAUUAAGGACUCCAUGGAUAUCUCAGUCCCCAUCAGCGAAUUGUACCAAGUCAGCACGCUCGGAAAGAUGGCUGCCCAUCUCCGCAACAAACGAGACGAACUGGCUACCGAGUUCGAACCCAUCGACUGGGAGCUGGAAACUGCCAUCCCAGAUCACAUUCUGGCUAUAUCACAGGACUCGCAACUAUCAACCCAAUUGAACGCAGGAGGGCACGAAAUUGUACUCACGGGAUCGACGAGCUUCCUUGGAGCAGCAAUUCUGAAGGCUUUACUUAAGGAGCCCACAGUCAAGAAAGUCCACUGCAUCACCGUCCCCAGUGACCAAAGCAGCAAGCUUCCAGUUCAUCCUAAAGUUGUCCAAUACCAAGGCACCCUUUUGUCACCUACCCUCGGACUCUCAGAGACAGAGCGCUUGAAGCUGCAAACAUCGGCUACUUGCAUCAUCCAUGCCGGCGCAAAUGGGCACUGUUUAAACAACUACUCGUCUUUACGCGUGCCCAACGUGCAAUCCACACACUUCCUAGCCUCACUAGCUCUACCGCGAGCCAUCCCCAUCCACUUCAUCUCAUCAAAUCGAGUGGCUCUCCUCUCAGGAAGCAUGCAGCCGGCUGCCGAGUCCAUGUCUAAAUUUACCCCCCGUACAGACGGCGCAGAGGGUUUCACAGUGGCCAAGUGGGCGAGCGAGCGGUUCCUCGAAACCCUUGCUGAGAAAGCCCAUGUCCCCGUCACGAUCCACAGACAUUGCAUCUUAACGGGUGACGAAGCACCAAACGAAGAUGCUGUGAAUGAUGUCCAUGCUGCCGCCGCUAAUAUCGCAGCCAACAUUCUGUCCGAAGACAGUACAGACAGAGGCGUGCGCUUCAUCCACCACUCCAGCGGCGUAAAAGUCCCCAUUUCGGACUUUAAGAAGCACCUGGAGAAGAUCUACAGCGGAGUCUUUGAAGAGGUGACAAUGGAUGAGUGGAUUGGCAAAGUGCUUGAGGCAGGCAUCGAUCCACUGAUUACCAGCUACUUGCAGGCAAUGGCUGAGAAGGAGGAGGUGAUUCAGUUUCCAUUUUUAGGAGUUUCUUGA